GCUACGCGGGAUGUGACGUUUUCCCGCGAAAUUCAGCGUGUGUACAGUGUUUGCUGCAAGCUCAAAAUGCUUUUGUAAACAAUCUGUCUGUACAAAUUAACAGGUCAGUAUGAUGGUGACAAUAUUAGACGAGGGUGGAGGCUUGGAGCAGCUGCUGUCCACCAUCAACAGCAAAGUGGCCAGGCAGGAGGACAGAGUGGACGCCUACUUGACCAUCAUGGAGCGUCUGCGACAAGAUGAGAUGGGCAUGUUUGUGAAGGAGAUCUCAUCUCAUGUGGCGGAGAUGGCCAAGUGUCUGUCCAGGGACAUUAUGGAUGGUAACAUUGAGAUAUCCCAGAAUGCACUUCAGGUGCUCGGCUUCUGUUCACAUGAUGACGUCAUUGUCGGUUCCCUCUCUCAGCAGGAGUGCUCCAUUAUCUUGAAGAACCUGUGCGCCGUGCUGUUAAAGUCUGCAGAUAAAAGCACCUGUACAAGAGCGCUGUGGUGUUUAUCCAAACAAAACUUUCAUCAGGAAGUCGUGGCUGAGGAGAUUCACACUGUCCUGUGUGGUCUGGAGCAUGCUCUUGGUGGACAGGACUUUCAGUCUGUCACUGUGGAACACGAGGCAAUUAAUGCCAUUGUGAGGCUGUUAGAACAAGUUCCCAUGCACAUGUCAAAGCACGUGGUACGCUGGUGUUGUCUCGUGUAUCCCCUACUCGUGCAUCCUGCCAUGAAAGUGCGAGAGCGUGCCUUAGUUGCCAUGGAGAUGGGCUUCUCAUAUAUGAUGCAGCAUCAGGAGGCCAUCUUAAAGACACUGAUCCCAGACUUGAAGGCUCACAUUGUCCCUGAGAUGAGGAAGCUGAUGGCGUCCAGGAAUGAAGUUUUUAUCCUCAAGGUCUGGUCAUAUUUUGUCCAGUUACUUGGCAAGGUUCUUCACCAUGGCUCCUUCAUCAACCUGAUGUUACCAGUCAUAGAGGCAGGGUUCAAGUCCUUGUCCACAGAGUCCAAGAUGGCGGCCUUUCACGCCUGGGAUCAUCUGGUGGAGAACUUUGCUUCAGAUCCUAACAUCAUAGGGGACCCAAAGAGAAUCAAGCUGGUGAUGCAGGUGUUCAGAGUGAACAACGCUAAGACGGAGGCUUUGGCGGCAGUCAAGCUGCAGAGCUGGUGGAAUUUUAUCUGUAAACUGGGGAGUAAAGCUACGGCUCAUUUUGACCAGGUGUGUGUCCCUCUGCUGCACUUCUGUUUCCCAGGGGUCAGUGAAAUCCCCAGGGGUGGUGUCCCUGGUACCCCCAGCAGUAGAGGGGGUCGGUUCCCAGGGACCCUUGCUUCCCCAGGGGUACAGAGCAGAAUAGGUUUAAGCAGUCCAGUCACCCCCAAGCUAAGCCUCCAGGGCAGUGGGGGGACCAGUCCAGUCUUUGAAAGUUUACAGGUGACCGGGGCUGAAGUCUUGGCUCUUUUGAUGGACAGAACUGGACAGGACAGCUCACUGGCCAGUGUCCACUAUCACCUCACUCCGCUAUCAGUGGAUGUCAUUCCAGGACCAUCAUCCUUUGUCAAACAUGGCGUAGUUCUUAUUUCUGCUGUCAGGGAUUGUAUUGUUGAAGUAGGAAAUAAGAUUCAAGACUCUCUGUUACAUCAGAUCUGGCAGUCACUGGUCAGCCAUGUUAACAUGAUGUUGGACACCACCAGUAAGAAGGACAACACAGACAUCUUUGUCCACUUCUUGUCCAGUUUCAGACACAUAGUGAUCAGUGGAAGCCUGGACAAGGACAGCAUGCUGAAAUGUUUCCAAGCUGUGAUAAGUCUUCAGUCCAAGGUGCUAGGUUCACAUGCCUAUAAUGUGGGGGAUGCCAUAGACAUGCAGGGAACUCCAGCUGGCUUCCUUCUCGGGGUCUUAUUCACCUCGGAGCUCGUUGCCGUCUUUUCCCAAGAUGAGCGUUUCAUGACAAUUGCUCAUUCUCUCCUGGAGGCAGGAAUGUCGAACACCACAGCAGUCCUGGGCUUUUGUCAGACAGUGCUGGGAUUGGUGGAAAAAGCAGCCAAUGAGAUCAGUAAUCCUGAGACAGUGUGGAGGCUGUGGAGUGCAGUGGUACACCCUCUCAUGGAUCACAUACAACAGACCAAUGAGGUGAACCAGGGCGACGCAUUGGAACAUGACUUCAGCUGUAUGUACUCAGCCCUGACUCUACCUGUGAUACACCUGUUUAAUACGGAACUCCCACAGCCGACCAUGAAGACGCUGUUAAAGAGUUGGGAGGACCUCUACAGGAGAUUUGCCAGGUUAUCCGCGCUGGUCACCAACGCUGAGGCCAACAUCUGCUGUGAAGAACUGUGCCAUAAACUGCUGGUGAUAAUAAUGGAAGAUGAAAUGACUCCCCAGUGUCUUGACGCAGUGACACACCUGUGUCAGGUGAUCACAGACUGCGUGGACUUCUCCUCGCUCACCUCUGUCUUGAACUUUGGAGCUGCACUGGCGGUGAGUCCAUCCAAGUGGCCGAAGAGAAAACCCAAACCCCUGGGGAAUAUCCACAGUCUGGUAAAGCUGGUUGGACGUCUGACCACCACUCUUCAUGGACUGACUGAUAGCACUGACAGACAGCUGGCAAGUCACCCCUCCCUAGCAACUACUGGUCACAACCUAGUGGCCAUCUUGUCCAUGCUGUUAACCCAUGUUUCUACAUCUGCCAUGAUCCCUGAUAUGAUUGGUCGAUUAGCUGGUCACAUGGCAGAGUUUUACAGGCAUGCUGGGAAGAGAGUGGGCUGCAAACUGUACACUGCUCAGUUUAUGCAAAAGUUGGAGAAGUUAUGGUCAGACGUCACUGGUUGUGUACAGGGGCGCUACAGUGGGCCUUACGACUCUCACCUGCUGUCCACUCUAGCGCCAUUACUGGAGGUCACCUUUCUGAACUCGCGGCGAGGAAUCAAGAACCAGACUGUCUUGUUUUGGAAUGCCACCUUUGCUCGUGCUGCCCCCCUGCAGUACCCUGAGGGUCUAAGACCCGUCCUGGCCAAGGUGAAGGAGAAGACUUCAGUGUUGUUACCAGGCUGGGACAGUGUGGAGAUUACGGUACUGGAGGAGACGCCUGUCAGCCAGAUGACACAGGGAGAAUCUCUCGCUCCCCUUCCCACAGUGCCUGGCAUGCCAUCACCAUACAAGGUGCGGGGAAGUUUUCUGAACAAACCCGAGUCCCCCUUUAAGUCUCCAGUAAAGCCCCAGACCCCAGAGAAGAAAGAGUCCCCCGCCAGGGUGAGGAGGAAGCUGGAGGUACCUGUCCAGAACAUGAGAGAUGAUGAGUUUGUUGUAAUUCCACCAGAGCCCAAAAAGAAGAUGGUGCUGACAGAACAUCAGAAGGAGAUCCUUAGAGAGAAAAGCACCCUGCCUGCCAUGUACAGUAGCUUGGACCAGUCCCAAGACACCAACAUGUUCAGAAACCUCUACGACACCGACUCUCAGAUGGCGUCCCAGUCCCAGAUGCUUCCCAGCCAGCCAUUUGUGCCUGUCAUGGCUGACCUCAAGAGAGCAGUGACAUCUAUGGUUGAAAAUAAAAGUAACUUGAAGAAAAAUGAAACUGGCAUGAGCAAACCUGCCGGUGAUGAGGGCAGAAGAAAGUCAGUUCGGUUCUUUCAACAGAAGGAUUCAGAGGAGAGUCAGACAGCAGAAAGUGGUGUUAGUGGAGACAGAAGUGAUGAACACACGAAGGAGGUCGGAGAUACGUCCAACCAAACCAGGUCGUUUGAGGCUGUUUUUACUGAGGUGAAAGUUAAGGAAGGUGAGGGCGAAACUUCAAAAGGCUUGGACUCCUGUGAAGAAGUAGUCCAGUUAACACAGAGUCAGCAGAGCCAGUCUUUGCUUUCUACUCCCACUAAAAUGAGCCAAUCACCAUCAAGGUCAAGGUCGAUUGAAAGGACUAGCCAGUCACCUUCAACUCCAAGGAGGUCAAGGUCAAAGAAUAGUAAAUCCCCAGCUAAAAGAAAACCUGUGACAAACCUCAAGGAGAGUAUAGAUAAAUGGAUAGUGAAGUCACCACGAAAGACAAAUACUGAAGAACACACCAAGACUGUCACUUUAGUCGAGGAAACACAAUCACCAACUAAAUUUUCUAAAAGGAAAGAAGCUCAAUAUUUGACUGUACCAUCAUCUGAGAGCAUCAUUCUUGAAACCCCUGAAAAGUUAGAUGAAGAACAAAACGAAAUUAAUUCUAAUGCAGAAAAAGCUUCUCAAAAUUUAUUCAGUGCAAGCUGUGAGAAUCCCAUAUCAGACACUCCUGAGAACUCCUGCUCCCCCCAGUCCACCCCUGUCAAAUUUUCACCAUUGACCAAAGAAAAAGUGGUGAAACUGAUGAGCACGCCAGUGAUCAAGAUAAAAAAAUUGACACAAGAAGAGAUAGGACAGUUUAAUCCAAGUGCAAAAUGUCUUGCCUUGUCAAAGGAAAAAAAUGCAGAUUCUCAAGAGAUAUCAGAGCCCGUUAUAAUAAUUUCCCCUACAGAUGUCUCUAGUAGUUGUCCUCAAGAGGAGCCCAAGUUCCAGAGUGUGCAGCAAGACGAGCCAGACCAUGAGAAAAAGGGAAGAAGGAAAAGUGGACGCCCUGUUAAGAAGACAACAAAACUGACAACAGAUCCAUCAGAUGAAUCCAAGGUGGGACAGAGGGAAUCAAAAAAGAACUCCGGUGUUAGUUCUAAUAAUGUACUGGAACCAAAGCAAGGAGAGACAGACAGUGAAAGUGUGGAAUUUUUACAGGCUUCAGUUCGGAAAAGUGGCAGAGUACGAAAAUCCAAAUCCCAACUUGAUGAAGAAACAAAGAAAAGAAAGGAAUCUGAGGAAAAAUUUUCUGAAGUAAAUUCCUUAGAUGUUUUAUCAGUAGACACUGGUGGCAAAAACACCAUGGAGAAUAAUGAAAAUAAAGAAGAUGUGAAUGGUGAAAACAAAAAAGAUAAAAAUUCAAGCCUCUCAGAUAUAUUUUCCUCUGAAAAUGAAGAAAUGUCACCCAAAUUGUUAAAGAAUUCAAAGUUCACAGACAGUGACAGUCAAAUUGACCAAUGUGAACAGUCAUCAGGUGCAUCUGUCACAGAAAUAUCAGACGACAAAUGUGGCGAACCAACACCUGGACAGAAAAAUGAAAAUAUGAUGGAAAUUCUGCAGGAUGUGGAAGACUCUCAGGUGGAGGAAGAAAAUGGCAGUGACGAUGAUGAUGAUGAGAUUCCUCUUGCUUCUUAUCUAAAUAAUGAUCUUACGUCAUCUAAUUUGAGCAAUGCAAAGAAUUCUGGGACAAAUAUGGCAGACAAUGAGGAAGAGGUGGCUCCUUCGUGUGGACCUGAACUUGUGUGCACCUUAGCAUCAGAUGCUGAAUUAAGUGAAAAUCAGAGGGGCAAAAAAAGGAAGAGAGGUAGACCAAAGAAACUGAUUUCUCAGUCCCAAAGCUCAAAGUCGGAUGUCUGCAGUGGUGAGGGAGAGAACGAUCUCCCCAUCUGGCCCAGUGGCCAAAUUUCCUUAGUUUCCAAGUCCAGCGAUGUUGAAAAUGGCGAUGAUGGGGAAGGAGCAGCUGAGCGUCUGCUUCAGUCCACUCUCGUCUCUCAGAGCGAAGAUGCUGACGGUUCCACUCCAGUUACAAACCAGGACACGACGCAAGACGGCACAGUGCAUGAGGAGUCCAGCAAAGCAUCUGACAUCAUAGACUCAGUAGAUAAGAUGUCUGCAGAGGAAGAUAAGAUUGGAGCUGGAGAUGUUGAACAAAGUCCAGAGUAUGAUGAGGAGAAAGAGGAGAAAGCCAUUAAAGCAGAAUCUUUAAAGGAAAAUGAAGAAAGUCAAAAUGAGAUAGGCAGGAAAGGAGGAAAAAGAAGACCUGUAAUCAAAGCUAGAAAUAAAAAGAAGGCAAAGUUGCUUGAAAGGACUGUAAGGAAAAAUGCUGAAAAUGAAGACAUGAUUUCUGCGGCGGAUAAACCUAAGCCUUCAGGUGAAGAAACAAAAACUUCUGAAAAACUAAACCAGGAAAUCGAUCACAAAACUGAGGCAGAGCAGACACCGGAGUUAACUAAAAAUUCAGGGAAGCCACCAGUGAGAGAAAGCACCACCAAGUUGAAGAAAAUGCAAGCGACACAGAAAAAUUCCCAGAAAAUUUCAAAAGGCAAGAAGGAGCAAUCCUGCACCACUAAUACAGUUGUUACAGCAGAUAAGGGGCUAAAUGUAUCUUUUGAUUCAGAUGAUGAUGUGCCGCUAGGAUUACUUCCAGAGUUGCAAAAGUCCGGUGAUGCAAAAGUAGCAGACGUCAUUUCAAAUCCUCCUCUGUCUUCUUGUGAAAAGGAGGAAGAAAAUGAACCCCAGCAAAAUUCCUGCGCUGAUAUGUUCAUUGAUGACAAGGCAGUUGUGCAAACAACCCCUCCGUCCAGUCGGAAGUCCAGAAGACCAGGGUCGUCGCAGGAAGCAGAAUUGAGGAAAUUGGAAAUUGAUAUGAAGUCCCCAAAGAGACUGCGCUCAAAGAAGUCUAUAUUCCGCAGGUCGCCUAUGAAUAGAUCACUGGGUAUGGCUUUGAGCAUUGCAAGGAAGAAAAAAUCACCUGACCAGACCCCUUCAAAAAAGAGGAGAAAGGUUUCCCAUGGUGAAAAUUCUGAAGAAACUCCAAAAGGUGAACAGUCACUGCCAUUGACAGAUUCUGCAGAAGCUCCGUUAUUAGAGGAAAAGGGUCCAGAUUCAGAACUGAGUAACCAUGACAACUUGCCAGAGCCAGGCUCACCAGAGCAGCAGUUGGGAAGUUUACCCAAUUCUUCCAGUUUGCAAGAAACCCCCAGGUCAGCCAUGAAACCAUUUUCUAGGUCAUCUGCAAAUGACCUUGUAACACAGCGAUUGGUCAGGACAGACCCUGUCAAGUUGGUCAGUUUUCGGCAUCCUACUUUAGCGAGAAGGAAACGUCUUCUCCUGGGCAGGAAGAGAGAGGAUCUUCCUGUGGCUCAUCAUAAGGAGGAUAAAAUGGAAGCUCUGAACCGGAGCAUUAAGAAAGCAUACCAGAAAGACUCACAGAAAAAUUCUGACACCGAGAACAUGUCAGAAGCCAGAAGUUCACCGCCUUGUUCCAAGAUGGCUGCCUCCAAUGGAAGCCCAGUGAGCUCAUUCCAGGCACUACGUGUGCUCCAAGUUUACUCUCCCUCGGCUUCUCCAAGUGCAGGGAUAUUGAAGAAGCGGCGUCUGAGUGGUGACAUUGGUGGUGACUCCCCUGCUUCACCUCCUGAUAAGCAAAGACGGGUGUCAUUCGCAGAACCAAUCGAGGAAGCAGAGAAUGCAAAGUCAGGGUCACUGUCACCAGCAAAACCAGUGAACCGCACCCUAGACUUGACCAAGGGCAUCCAGUUUGCACCGUCACCACUGGUAACUACAACCCCUUCCAAAGUGACAGCAGCACAAAACAAGUUUCUCACCACACCUUCUAGAAGUGGGGUUGAAGAUCAGUGUAAAACCAGCCCUAGUGAAGAAGGAAAGAAGUUCACUCAGCUGACACCCUCUCAGAACAGCUAUCACAGUACCCAGGAGUCUCAGUUGAACAGCCGCGACCCCGUCUACCCUGACCUGGUGGAGUGUACCACACCAGUGGAGAAAGUCCUGCCACAACUUACCUCUUCUAUGUGGUCCAGAGGUCUGGGUCAGUUGGUACGCGCCAGGAACAUCCACACAGUGGGUCAUCUGUGUAAACUGACCGAGGUGGACAUCCAGAGUCUGCCCAUCCAGUCACCCAAGGUCCCCACCGUCCGCAGGGUGCUGGAGCAGUUUGAGACCGAACAGGAGAACAGAAAGAUGAGGGAGAGCGAACAGACCAGGAAAGACGGAGAGAAAGAGACGGAGAAGUUCACGCAAAUGGCUGCCAGGGAGAAUGAAGAAGAUGACGAUGAGUCCCAUGUGGCGCCAGACUCCCCAAAGUGUUCUUCACCUGCAGGGAAUAAGCUGCCUGCACUGGAAGAUGUCAUGGAGAACCUGUCACCAAAGAAAUCGUCAAUUCGAGAUCAGUUGGAGAGUAGCUUCGAGGCUAUGUUGGAGAGUUCUGGAAACAUAAUGGCCGAAAUCACAAAACUGUCCCAGUCGUGUAGUCAGGGCAACCAGGAAUUGAGCCAGUCAGAGCAGCCAGAUUUAAACAGUGCUGAAAAAACUCAGGACAACGAAGAACCCAGUUGUUCACAGCAGGAAUUAGACUCAGCAAAACACAUUUUGGAGACUCUGGGAACUUUGACCACAGAAAUGACCCCCGAGAUGUUGACAAGGUUGCCUAGUGACCAGAUAUUUACAGCGCACCAGCAUCUGAGUCAUUUGAUGGUUACUGUGGUCCAGGCUCUUAAAGCUAAGUGUCAGUCAUCAACUUUCACGUGACUGUCAUUCUGAUAAUGUCUAUUUUGGACUGUCACUUUUAUGAGUGACAUUCAUAUCAUGUUUUCAUCAAUGUCACACAGUGACUGACAGAUGCAUGACAAGGUUGUUAAAUAUUUGUGAUUUAUUUGUUAAAGAGAUGGGUUCAAUUUGUGAACUUUUUGAGGUGCCUUUUUAAAUUAAAAUUAAAAAAAAUCAUAUUUAUAAUAAGUGAAGAUUGCUUGUACUCCUUGAUUUUUCAUACAUAAGCUCCUAACAUAAUAUAGCAGUCAUGAUAUUUUCCAUUUGUCAGCAACUUAUGUUUUGUUGUUUAGGGUCAUUUUAAUAUGAUUUUGAAACUAAUGUUGUCCAAAUGGAACUUUUUAAAAUGCUUUCAACGUGUUUAAUGCAUUGAAUACUAUGAUUGCUGGGAUGAAUUUUAAAUAUGUUAUGAAAAAGACUCAUGACGGCUUUUAUGUAUUAAGGUGGACACUGCUUUGUGAUUGAUGUUGAUUUACAGCAGUUUUUAAUGGUGGAAGGAAAACUGCUACUCAACAGAUCUUUCCUGACUGAUAAUGUUAUGGUUUUAUGCAAAUAAAUUAACACAUUUUUA